AUGGCACCUACUCGACCCCGUCCAUCUCGGCACAACAAGUCAUACUCGGCAUGCACGACACCUGCUGUCGACUUGGUAACACCGUACCAAAAUCCCGAUCCUCCGCCCAACCCUUCCAGCAUGAAGAGUUCUGCGAGCACCGUCACUUCAUACCGCGUUGCUGAGGGGAGUGAUAUCUCCUACGAGAAGCAGACUGCCACUCGUCGGAUCUCGGAAGCGGAGGGUAGUUUGAAGCAAUUAUUCAGUCAUGAUGCUAUGAAAGCACCGCCAAGGGACGCGAGCCAGCUCGCUGGGUUGGAUUGA